AUGCCGGUCGUCUUGAGUCCGGCCACUGGGCCAAUCACAUGCUCCCACGUCAGACCGUCGGGUCUUUCGCAAUCGUCUCUCGGUAGCCUGAAAGCGCCGCGUCUGGCGGCCAGCGCACGGGCGACUCGGUCGUUCCGGGUGAGAAGCAGCGCACAGAGCGGAGAGCAGGAGACGGCGGAAUCGGUGGCAGCGGCUGGGGAGCGCCCGAUGCCCAAUUUCACUUGGACUCCGAGCCCCGCGUCGCAGAGCUUUCGCAAUGGGAGUCGCGCGUCGCCCACGGGGCUCGUGCCGUUCAACUCCGGCGCCGGCGGCGGCUCGUUGUCGCUGCAGAGCAUCAGCAAGGAGGAGGCCCUAGGCGUGGUUAUCAGCGCGGCGAUGGGCACGGGGUGGAAGACCAUGACUGGACUGGAAGGGCCGUCGGCGCCCGCCGUUGACCCCGUUGACUCCGUUGACUCGCUGGGCAUGCCCAUCCUCUCGCCCGUGUCGCCGCGGCGCACGGCGCGCGUGGACUUCACGUGCAACAAGUGCGGCAGCCGCACCAGGCGCGCCAUCAACCCGCACGCGUACCGAGAGGGAACCGUGUUCGUGCAGUGUCAGGGCUGCCAGGUGUUUCACAAGCUAGUCGACCAUCUGAACCUCUUCCACGAGUUUAGAGGGCCCGUGUUUCACGCCGCAGACGCCGGGCAGCAUGGGUUUGCAGAGCACCGCUCCGUUGAUGUGCUCGGGCUGGAUGGCGACGGUGGUGACGUGAGUGAGUGUGCCGCGUGGAAUGCUCUCCAAAAGUUUUACGAGUUCGGGGGGCCCGUGUUCCACGCCUCAGACGCGGGCCAGCACGGCUUUGCAGAGCACCGCUCCAUGGACGUGCUUGGGGUGGAUGCUGGGAGGGAUGGUGAUGGUGGUGGCAGUUCGGGCUUUGACUUUCCGCGCUUCUGA